UUUCUCUCCUAUAACCUGCCCCCUUACUAAAACCACACUCGCCCCCUCCUCUUUUACCGUUAAAACCCAUGGUAAAGUUUAUAGUACAUAUCAGCGUUAUCUCAAGAAGAAGAAGAGCCAUCUGCAGCUAUGCGUCAGUAUUGUCUUUGUCUUUUCAUUGGUCUUCUGGCGGUUGCAUUCCUCCAGUCCAGUGUAAUGGGCAACAAUGCAAAUUUACCAUCUGAAUGCUGUUUUAAUUAUCGUGGGAGAAAAAUCCCCAUUGCUAAAAUUGAUUCCUACAUGGAGACAAGAGUGGAAUGCGUCAAACCAGGGGUCAUUUUUGUCACAAAGAAGGGUUAUCGUAUCUGCACGGAUCCUCAGCUGAGCUGGGUGAAGAGUGCCAUGAAAGCAUUCGAUGAUCGUGAUCUUUGGUGAUGAUCAACAUGCUCACAGGAACGCUUUUGUUUGUUUCUUAAGUGAAGUACUAGCUCAGUAAACCCUCUUCCUGUAAUGCUCUGUCAUUCUUUUCAUUGUUAUCAUGUGAGGCAUUACGUCAAGUAAAUGCAUUGUUUUGAUGAGCUUAGUAUUUCUUUAACAUUCUGCUUUAAAUGCUAAACUAAUUGUUUUACCUUUAACUGUAGUGUUAAUUUUACUGCAAAAUAACACAUGUAAACAGAAAACAAUCACCCUGUUCUUACCAGGAUUACAGGGAUGAUUUAUGAUAGGCUUUCUUAUGUGUAAACUGAAAAAAUCUUUUGCUUUUGUUUUAUUCGGUGUAAAAACAGUUGUCUUUUACAAUGUUCUUAAUUCUAAUAAAACGGAACACAAAAUGCCUUCUGAUGAAUAUUGUUGUAAAAUCAUCAGCAUUCCUCAGUUUUACUGUACAUCAGAAACAACGG